AUGGGACAUGGGCAGAGGGACAAGGAGAUUGGGGACAUGCUGAACUACCUGGGGCCCCCCUUCAAUGAGCCCGACUUCAACCCCCCGCGCCUGGCGCGCGCCGAGCGGGUGCCCAGUGCCACGGUGGCCCCCAACGACUUCCUGAAGAAGAUGGACGACUUCUGGCUGCUCAAGGAGCUGCAGACCUGGCUCUGGCGCUCGGCCAAGGACUUCAACCGCCUCAAGAAGAAGGUGCCGCCCGCCGUGGUCACCCUGAGGCUGGAGGCCAGGGGGUUCUGA